GAGGCAAAAGCUAAACCACAUCCUGACACAGAGGAUAAGAUAUGGUGAGGUCCACGAGGUCCACAACUGAUGCAUUUUAAAACAAUGAAGCUGUUUCUGAUCCUUGUUCUUCUGAAAGGUGCCCACUGUCAGACCAUAUGGGGCCCGAAGGAAAUUACAGUCACGGAGCAUGAAGAUCUGACAGUGGAGUGUAGAUAUAAGAGAGGAUAUGAAAACGAUGAAAAAUACUGGUGUAAAAGAAGGACAUUCAGGUCUUGUUCCAUUUUGGCAAGAACAACUUCUUUAGAAAUAUCCAGAAGUGGACUGUUUCUGAGUGAGAAUAAGACUCACAGAGUAAUAAAGAUAAUUAUGAAGGACAUCCAGGAGAGAGAUGAAGGGACAUACGGGUGUGGAAUAUCAAGUUUUGGGAGAGAUGAACAUUCUCCUGUUGUUGUUAAAGUCAAGAAAGCUCUGCUCAUAACUCCAACAAAAGCAAAAGAAAUAGUAUCUUCAACAGCAAAACCAGAAACAACAAUCAGGACGACGAAAGCACCAGUCAUAGAGACUCUCAAUGGAAUAGGCUGGUCUCCCACCCACACUGCUGCUGCCAUCUCUGUGGGACUUCUGCUGCUGCUCAUCUGCCUGUUCAUAGCUACUUACAUCUGGAGGCUGAAACGUCUCACUCCCGCCAUCCACCGCCAGGCUUGGUACCGGUCCCCCACACUCCCGCCAUCCACCGCCAGGCUUGGUACCGGUCCCCCACACUCCCGCCAUCCACCGCCAGGCUUGGUACCGGUCCCCUACAGCCUUUGAAGCUCUUCAUACUCACUUGCUGAUUGUCUGCUGUGCUGUCCUCCUGUGUUUUAACAUGUGUGGUUGUUGACUUUGAUCUCCAAUGUGCCCAUUUCUGAUUCUGGUUGCCAGGAUACUGAUGUUCUGGAUUUUGACCUUGUCAUUAUGUCUGAUAUAUUUAUAAUGUAUACUAAACACAAAAUACUGUGCACAAGCCUUCGACAACCAAAGAAGACGUUUAAAGCUAUUUCUGUGGGUAUUACAUGUGUAUUUGUUCAGAAUAACAUCAUUUUAACACUAUACAUGCCCCCCCCCCCACCAGAAAUUAAAACAGAAUUUAAAUUAAUUUGAUAUGGCCCAGAACCAUAUACUUAAUAACUAUAUCAGAAUCAGAAUCAGCUAUUAUUCGUCAAGUGCACUGGGGCACACAAGGAAUUUGUUUCCGGCAGCUUGAGACUCUCAUGCACAGACAAUAAGCGACACUAUACAAACAAUAAAUUACACUAUACAAGAAAUACAAAUGUGAAAAAUUAUAAAUAUUAUAAAUAUAUACACACGUGGGUAACAGUGUGCAAUUAAGGUGCGAGGUAGAGUGCAACAGGGGGGAGAUUUACAGAAGGCAGAUGACAGCUUAGCUGUUUAUGAGGGUGAUGGCCUGAGGGAAGAAGCUGAUCCUGUGUCUGGUGGUGUUUGUGUACUGGUGGUUCUGUAGCGCCUGCCAGAGGGGAGGAGCUGGAAGAGAUUGUGUCCAGGGUGUGACGGAUCUGAAAUGAUUUUAUCUGCUCGUUUCCUAGUCCUUGAGCAGUACAAGUCCUGGAUGGAGGGCAGGGGGGCACCGAUGAUUUUUCCUGCUGUCCGCUGCAGUCUGUUCCUAUCCUGCUUAGUGGUUGCUCCAUACCAGACUGUGAUGGAGGAGCAGAGGACAGACUCAGUGACUGCAGUGUAGAAUUGGAUCAGCAGCUCCUGUCGAAGACUGUACUUCCUCAGUUGUCUCAGGAAGUACAUCCUCUUCUGGGCCUUUUUGAUGAUGGAGGAGAUGUUGGUCUCCCAUUUCAGGUCCUGGGAAAUGGUGGUACCCAGGAACUUGAAGAACUCCACAGUAGACACCGGGCUGUCUGAUAUGGUGAGGGGGAGCAGUGUUGACGGAUGUCUCCUGAAGUCCACUGUCAUCUCUACAGUCUUGAGCGUGUUCAGCUACAGGUUGUGCUGACUGCACCAGAGUACCAGCCGCUCAACUUCCUGCCGGUAUGCAGACUCAUCACCAUCCUGAAUGAGUCCAAUGAUGGUGGUGUCGUCUGCAAACUUCAGGAGUUUUACAGCUGAGUUCCUGGAGGUGCAGUCAUUGGUGUAGAGGGAGAAGAGCAGUGGGGAGAGGACACACCCUUGAGGGGCACCAAUACUGAGGGACCGUGUUUCAGAAUUGAUCUCCCCCAGACUUACUUGCUGCUUCCUGUCUGUCAAGAAGCUGGUGAUCCACUGACAGGUAGCUGGUGACACGUUGAGCUGGGAGAGUUUGGAGGAGAGGAGAUUAGGCACAAUGGUGUUGAAAGCCAAACUAAAGUCCACAAACAGAAUCCAGUCAUAAGUUCCUGGCCGGUUGAGAUGUUGCAGGAUAUAAUGCAGCCCCAUAUUCACUGCAUCAUCCACCGACCUGUUUGCCCGGUAGGCAAACUGCAGGGGGUCCAGCUGGUGUCCUGUAAUGUCCUUCAGAUGGGCUAAAACCAGGCGUCCAAAGGAUUUCAUGACCACAGUCGUCAAGGCGACAGGUCUGUAGUCAUUCAGUCCUGUGAUGGUGGGUUUCUUGGGGACCGGGACAAUGGUGGAGCGUUUGAAGCAGGAGGGAACUUCACACAGCUCCAGGGAUCUAUUGAAGAUGUGGGUGAAGAUGGGAGCCAGCUGAUCAGCACAGGUUUCGAGGCAGGAGGGGGAUACAUCGUCUGGUCCCGGUGCCUUCUUGGUUUCCUAUUUCUGGAACAGCCGGCUCACAGUUCUAGGGGGAAGGGUAGCAGAUGGAUGGAUGAUUUCAAUGUAAAAUAAAAAAAGAAAAGAAAAAUAAAUCAGUCUUAAAUCAUUCUUUGAUUUCUAUUUCUCUUUUCAGACAGAAGAAGGACCCAGACCCAAAGUAACACUGUCCAGGUUCAGUAGUCGCCAUGUUUUAUACACCAAUACCUAAUGAGGGCAUUUCUGUUUGUAUCAGACUCAUGUUAUUCACUUAUUUCCAAAGCUCCAGAUCAGAAGUAUGAAUAUCAGCUUCUCUGGCAGCAAGUGUCUGAUUUAAGGUAAGCCUGGGUGUGAAAGUGUUCCCUCUUUUGGCAGCUAUCUGAAGAACAAGUGGAGAUAAGCUAUGCGGAAAUAAGAAGACUCACUAAGAAGAGCAGGCGUCUGUAUGAUGAGCCCAUCUAUGCCAAUAUGAGCGCCAAUGGAGCCCAAGAGCAGCCACCAGCAGGGGGCGACAUUGAGUACAGAGCCCAAGAGCAGCCACCAGCAGGGGGCGACGUUGAGUACGCCGCCAUACGCUGCUGAACACUGGGAUCUGUAAGCUGAGGACACAGAAGAGAGUGGAAAAGCUGCCAUGAAAAAUGAAUGUUCAUAACUAAUCUUUUGUGAAGCUUGAAUUUUGAUAAGCUAUGGUUUCAGUGUCCAGAUUACAGGAAAAGUCUUAAAUAGCUUUAUAUUUAAUAUUGUCAAAUGUACAUAUAUGUCUUUUAAAACAUAUUUAAACAUUCGUAUCUCUGAAUAAUUCAUAUUUCAGAAAAUAAAAGUAAAACAUUUACUGUGGUUAUGGUUCUUUCAGCAUCCCUGUAAUUUUCAUUUUUUACCAGAUUUUACAAAUAAUUUUACCAAACAAAAUAUCAAAGACACUUCUACACUCCUACAGCCAUUUUUCAUUCUCCUUCUCUGAUUAAGAAGAAAACAACAUUAAUAUGAAAAUAUGAAGCACAAAAAGCUGACUUAGUUUUAUAAAUACAAUCCUUCUAAAAAGCCUUCACAGAAAAUUGUCCCUUUUCAGAGACAAACUUCGUCAAAAAGCUUUCAUUUCACCAAGGUGUCUCUUGUAUAUUUCAUGUAUUGUUCACGUGUUUGAGAUUCUAGGGAUUAAUUCAAAAUGGUGUACACGCAUCUAAUCCAAAUAAAAAUGAUGUACAAAAAGGAAACCUUAAUUAUUACACAUAUCCGUGACAUUCUGAUUUGUCGAGUGAAAAUCUUGAUGGCAUCAUUGGGGAGGGAUGUCAGGCUGC